CAUGCGCAGUAACUUGCAAGAAGAGAGACGGCCAUUUUUACCUUAUGUGGUAGUGGCGAGUUAGUCGUCUUAGAGAACCCUAAAGCAAGAAAAUGACGGACGCAAAGGGGAAUAAAGUAGUUGUGUGUGACAACGGGACAGGGUUUGUCAAGUGUGGCUAUGCUGGAUCCAACUUCCCCUCCCACAUCUUCCCCUCUCUGGUUGGACGACCCAUCAUUCGUUCCUCCGCAAAGGUCGAGGGUAUAGAGGUCAAGGACCUGAUGGUUGGAGACGAGGCCAGCAAGCUGCGGUCCAUGUUGGAGGUCAACUACCCGAUGGAGAAUGGCAUUGUAAGGAACUGGGACGACAUGAAGCAUGUCUGGGACUACACCUUCCACGAGAAGCUCAAGAUCGACACAAAGAAAACUAAAGUACUUCUCACAGAGCCACCUAUGAAUCCAACCAAGAACAGACAAAAGAUGAUUGAAGUGAUGUUUGAAGAGUACCAAUGUGCUGGAGUGUAUAUUGCCAUACAGGCCGUACUGACACUGUAUGCACAAGGUCUACUAACAGGUAUUGUAAUCGACUGUGGAGAUGGGGUGACUCAUAUUUGCCCCGUGUACGAGGGAUUCGCCCUCCCCCACUUGACCCGUCGUCUGGACGUGGCCGGGCGUGAAAUCACUCGCUACCUCAUCAAGCUCCUCCUACUGCGUGGCUAUGCCUUCAACCACUCAGCAGACUUUGAGACCAUACGAAUGAUGAAGGAAAGGCUCUGUUAUGUAGGGUACAACAUUGGGCAAGAACAGAAACUGGCUCUGGAAACAACUAUUCUGGUAGAAAGCUACACCCUUCCCGACGGUCGAGUGGUCAAGGUUGGAGGAGAGAGGUUUGAGGCUCCAGAAAUACUGUUCCAACCUCACCUGAUCAACAUUGAGGGUGCAGGAAUGGCGGAGCUUCUCUUCAACACAAUACAAGCAGCAGAUAUUGACACAAGGGCGGAGUUCUACAAGCACAUUGUACUAUCAGGGGGCACCACCAUGUACCCUGGACUGCCCUCUAGACUGGAGAGGGAGAUCAAGCAGCUCUACUUGGAGAGGGUCCUCAAGGGAAACACUGCUAAACUAUCGAAAUUCAAGAUCCGUAUUGAAGAUCCCCCCCGACGUAAGCACAUGGUGUUUUUGGGGGGAGCAGUGCUGGCUGAUAUCAUGAAGGAUCGUGACUCUUUCUGGAUGUCCCGAGAAGAGUACCUAGAGAAAGGGGUCAAGGUCCUCGAGAAACUGGGCGUGGCUGUAAAAUGAGAGUUGGUUGCAGGACUUAAAUUAUUGUUUUAAAACAGAACUUUAUAUAGUUUUAGCAAAUUAUAAUUAUACGAUCAAUUCUUUGUUAUUUCAAGGCUAUAGCUUUAGCCGUUUGAUUUUAGUGUACAAUUACUAGCUGGUUAGUAUGUGUAUGUGUUUGUGUAGUGUUUUUCUAAUGCAAUAAUGUUAAAAUUGAUAUAAUGAUGUCAGUUUUUUGCUUUUC